AUGAGUGGCACAGGACUCGGAUGGCCCGCUUUAGUGCCACCAUACCGCAACCGCCUUGAAGAGUGGUUUAGCACGCCUGAGAAAUUGUAUGCCUCAUUCGACACGAGGGAAGAGCUUGUAUCAUUGCUUAGGGCUUGCGAUAACACGCUUCUUGAAAGUAGCCUGCAGUUGAUUGCGGAUGCACUUCUUGAAUGGCAUGCAGACAAUGCCCGCACAGUUGCGAGUGGGCGCAGGGAAGCAAGGAGGCGCUUGACAGAGUGCUUGCCCAGUGUCCCGGGAACUGGCCUUAGCUUGCAUGAGCAUUACAAUCAGAUCGCACUUCAGAGUCCACUUGCGUUGCUUCCGGUUCUUCGCAAGCGGAAGUUAGCUACUGAUAGGGUCGUAGAUCGCGGUGCCAGGGCCACUGAAGAGAUACGACUUCGGCAGGAGUAUGCAUUGCGUCUUGCAGCCAUCAUGCAGGAGGCGCAACUGCCGGUGUGCAAGGUGCUUGCAGGGGUCAGCAAUGCCGAGGAAGCCUGGCCACGGCUGUUCGGGACCCGUCGAUCCAAGACAUUGAGGAAUCGCUUUAGGGCUUGGGAUAAGUUUCGGGAAUGGUUGCUUUAUAGCCGUGGCAGAAGUUAUCCGGAAGGGGUAGCUGAUGUGCUAGAUUAUGCCAAUGAACGAUUCCAGGAAGGAUGUGGAAAGACAGUUCUCGAAAGCCUGCAAGCCUCUCUCAGUGUAAUUGAAGGUGUAGGGCGCGUGCCGUCCACGCAGCAGAUAUCUCAGGAUCCCACAUGGCAGGCGCAGCUCAAAAGUUACACAGCCGAUUUGGUUUCGGCGGCACCGCCGGAGCAGCCAGCCAGCAUGCUCACCGUUGCUAUCAUCCUCGCAUGUGAGAUCUUCGUUUGCACGCCUGGGGAGCCUAGUUACUUGAGAGCAUUGGGCUUUGUUUGCUUAUUGAUGGUUUGGGGAUCGCUUCGGGCUGAUGAUGUUCAGGGGCUCCUGCCGCAGACCAUGCUUCUGGACGAGCGAGGGCUUAGCAUUGAUCUCGCGCGGUCCAAGACUACAGGGCCCGACAAAAGGACCCACACCGUCAAGGUCUUCGUGGAACGGAGUAUCUCUCUGACAGGGCAUGAUUGGCUGAAGGAUUUCGAUUUUGAGAGGGAUUAUUUGGUUUUGAAGGCCAAUGAAGGUUUCACGGAACCCCUUGAGAAGUCGGUGCCUUCCUCCACGGUGGCCCUUUACUUCCGCAAAGUUCUCAGUGAGUUGAAGACGCCCAAGCGUGAGGGACGCACCUGGAAGGCCAAUGAUCAGCGUCCGCUGCUCCCAGGAUACACUUCCAGUCAUUUUACGGGCCAUUCUGCGAGGAACUUCCUUAGCUCGGUCGGGGCGGCCAUCGAUGUCGACCCCAGGGAGCUUGAUUAUCUGGGUCGCUGGAAGGUAGGUGGCGAAGGUUCUGCAACCUACAUUCGCACUUCUAGGCAGGUUGUGCAUCGUCUCCAGAGUCACAUUGCUUGUUCUCUUGUCACCGGACAGCCUAAGCACUACAUCGAGGUGGAUUCCAUCAAGGCUUUGACGGACUAUGCAGCUAAGGCGGGGGAGAGCGAAUCUCAGGUUCGUCGCCGUCACACCCUCCUCGAGGGAUCCAAAGGCUUGGGCGGAUCGUGGCCAACUCUGGCAUUGGAAGUGGGUGUUGCGGCACCACCUUCUCCGGUCGAGCAGGUCUCGAUGCCAGGCAGCCGGGGGGAUUACUUCAUCGUUACCUCUCGCACCACAGGCCUGAGGCGUUUGCACAUGUUGGGCUGCUAUGUCAAACCUGAGAAUUGUUACGAUGUAAAAUUUGUCAAUCAUGUCGGCGCGGAGGACGUCGAUAACAUUUGCAAAGAUUGCAAAGCAAGAAUGAAGGCUCAGGCCGGAGAGGAGGAAUCAGACCCCUCCAGCAGUGACAGUGGGAGCGAGUCGAUGUGA